CGGUCCCGGGAGCGAUGGCGGGGCCGGGCCCGGGGGGGACCCCCAAGCCCCCCGUGCAGGUGUCUGUCAUUGUGCCUGUUCACAACAGUGAAUGCUGGUUAGAUGAAUGCCUAAAGUCGGUUUGGGAACAAGAUUUUGAAGGAACCCUGGAGCUGUCAAUUUUUAAUGAUGCCAGUAAGGAUGGGUCAGCUGAAAUAAUUGAAAAAUGGAAGAUGAAGUUGGAAGAAGUUGGUAUUCCAGUAAUCAUUGGGAGUAAUGAUUCAUCUGAACCUCGAGGUGUUGGAUUUGCUAAAAAUCAAGCAGUAAUUCAGAGCUCAGGAGCCUAUCUCUGCUUUCUGGAUUCAGAUGAUGUGAUGAUGCCACAGCGGGUUAGGCUGCAGCACCAAGUUGCCAUUCAACACCCAAACAGUAUUGUUGGUUGCCAAGUCAGAAGAGAGCCACUGGACUCCACUGAACGAUACACUCGCUGGAUCAAUAACCUGACCCAAGAGCAACUUCUCACACAGGUGUUCACCUCCCACGGACCCACUGUGAUCAUGCCAACCUGGUUCUGUUCUCGAGAGUGGUUUUUUCACGUGGGAAAAUUUGAUGAGGGGGGAAAGGGGGUCCCAGAAGAUCUGCUGUUUUUUUAUGAGCACAUCCAGAAGGGUGGUGAGGUCUUCCGAGUGAACCGUUGCCUCCUGCUCUACCGGUACCACCCGCAGGCUGCGACUCAUUCCGUCCUGGAGGGAACCAUCUGGAACCACCGAGUCAGAUUCCUUGAGGACAGAGUCCUGAGCUCCUGGACAUCAUUCACCAUUUGGAAUGCUGGCAAGCAAGGCAAGAAACUCUACAGAAGUUUGUCACCAGCUAAUAGGAAAAAGGUCAUUGCCUUUUGUGAUGUUGAUGAAAAGAAAAUAACAAAAGGAUUCUACACUUACGAGGAAUCUGAGGAGAGACCAAAACCAAAGGUCCCUGUGUGUCACUUCAGAGAUGCAGCUCCACCUUUCAUCAUCUGUGUGAAGCUGGAUUUGACAGGUGGAGUGUUUGAAGCAAACCUGGACAUGCUGAACCUGAAGGAAGGGAUGGAUUAUUAUCACUUUAACUAAACCCAAGGAAGGGCAGAGGAGCAGUGUCUGACCAUCUGUGCUGCAUCAUCUCCCUGCUGGGUGGUGUCUGAGAUGUCCCACUGCCAGCCUGGGAUGCUCCCAGGGAACGAGGCUGGAAGGGCUCAAGGCAGCAGCUUUGGCCACUCCACGUGUUCUGCUGCUGGCUCAGGACACCCCUCCUGGUGCACAGGGACUCCUCCAUGAGCAAACACCCCCCUGGAGCACAUUCCCUGUACCUUGGACACCAGCUGAGGUUUGGGCACUUUCAGGAGGUCACAGAGGCAGUUGCGUCUCUCCCUCACCACGGGCAGUUCUGCUUCCCUGGGGGAGGAAAGGUUUGCCAGUUAAUUCACAAAUUAAAACCUGAGGGUGCCCAUGUUCAUACACAA